AAUUUCCUCCUACAAUUUCCCCCCAAAUCAAAACCCUAUUCAUUAAACUCUGUUGCUCGGUUCGCAAAAUUACUUGUUUGCUCGAAGAAACAACUCAGAACUGUUCAAAGAUUUGGGUAAUCUGCAACUUUUCGUCGAUUUUAUUAAAUCAGGCUUAUUUUGUUUCAAAUCAUUACUACGACUCAUGGAGUCCGACGAGGAAGAGUACGCCGAAUUCAUAAAGAAGGUAAGAAGGACCGUAUACAUCGACAACAUCUCCCCAAAGGUAACCGAAUCCGUAAUGAAAGCAGCUUUCAAUCAGUUCGGCAAUGUGAUCGAAGUCCAAUUCAUUCCUCCGUUCAUGCAACCGUCGGGCGCUCCACAAGCCGUCUUAUUAGAGAUGGAAAAUCGAAAACAAGCCGUGCAAAUCGUCGAGGGAUUGCAAAGUUGCCCCUUCAUGAUCGCCGGGAUGCCUCGACCCGUACGAGCAAAGGCUGCCGAAGUGACGAUGUUCGACGACCGUCCAAGGAAACCCGGAAUGACGAUAAAAUGCCGGUGGCUUCACCGGAAAGAUCCCAAUUUCGAAACUUCCCAAAAAAUCAAAGCUCUGGUGAUUAAACAUUCGAAGGAAGCUUCCUUCGUGCUCGAACGGCAGGUUGUCGAGGAGGAGCGUCUCGACAAGUUACAGGCCGAGACACUGGGAAUUCAGUGUAAGAAGCUCGAUCUGAUCGAACGAAUCUGCACCGAUGGAUCGGUUAGUCACCUCUCGCGGCAAUACGGAAGCAAUGGCAUUGACAGCGACGUGAAUCAUCGGCGGUGGAGGAGGGAGAAGAUUCAACCCAGUAGAAGAAAAUUUUCGCCACGAUCGCUUUGUGAUUCUGGGGAAAUUGGAUUCCGGGAAUCUUCUUGCGGAAAGAAUUCGACGAUUGAAUCCUUUUUUCGCCUACUUCCUCAACUGCACCUGAGGGAAAGCAAGAGUUUGAAUCUAUAAGUGAAAUGUAUUUGGGUUGAUAUUGAUUUCGAUAUCGAAUAUCGAAUUGUGAAUAUAUGUUUUUAUGAUUAACUUUUGCUGCUGGAGAUUUGUGGGUUAAAG